AGUCGUUCGAAAGAGAUAGCGUGAUUCGCCGCCGCUGUAUCCAGGUACGGUAGCGAGAACGAGAAACAUAGUCCCCGCGCUCGGUCGCCGACGGGUGGAGUGACAGCGGGAAAAGUCAGUGAUUUUUUCACUCGCACACGAAAAGGCGUCGGAAAGUUUUACGAAGUUUGCGGCCAGCACGUUUUGUAUCCGUAUUUUGACCGGGAAAUCCUGCACGGAACCAGAAUGAACGUCGAGGAGGAAGUGCUCAAGAUCCAGAAGAAGCUGGGAAAGAUGACCUCUUCCGACGGAACGGGUCAAGAACAAGCAUUAGACUUGCUUCGCGAGCUGCAACGCUUGAAUAUCGAUUUGGAUAUUUUGACCAAAACUCGUAUCGGAAUGACCGUAAACGAAUUGCGCAAAUGCAGCAAAGACGACGAAGUCAUAAGCUUAGCCAAAUCGCUCAUUAAAAGUUGGAAACGCUUUCUGGCUGCUACACCGCCCUCGAAGGAAACUUCGAAAGAGUCGUCUAAAUCAUCUAGCAAGCCGUCGAGCAACAAAUCCGAAAGCGGCAAUAAGAAAGAAUCCGACAGGGAGAAAGACAUUAGAAAACCAACUCAAACCAGCUUUCCAGCUCCACCCAACAACACGACCGAUGCCGUGCGUCUAAAAUGUCGGGAGAUGUUGACGAAUGCUCUGCGCAUUGAUGGAGAAGCACCGGAGGGAUGUCAAACUCCGGAGGAACUUGCCGAUGAGCUCGAGGAAGCCAUCUACGUAGAAUUCAAAAACACCGAUAUGAAAUAUAAAAACCGCGUCCGCUCUCGAGUGGCCAAUUUGAAGGAUCCGAAAAAUCCUAGCCUGCGAAGCAACUUUAUCAGCGGUGCUAUCACCGCACAGCGCCUUGCCAAAAUGACGCCGGAGGAGAUGGCCAGCGACGAAAUGAAAACUUUGCGCGAUCGGUUCGUUAAAGAGGCGAUCAACGAUGCACAGCUAGCCACCAACCAGGGAACCAAAACCGAUCUACUCAAGUGUGGAAAGUGCAAGAAGCGCAAUUGUACCUACAAUCAGCUGCAGACGAGAAGCUCUGAUGAACCCAUGACUACUUUCGUUCUGUGUAAUGAAUGUGGGCACCGUUGGAAGUUCUGUUAAGUCCGCUGGAUCGAUCGCGGAUGAGCAACAGAUAUUUCUUUAAGGUCAACUGAUGUCGCGCGGUGUAUUCGUUGUAUGUAAUAGUUGAUCCCUAGUAGGACAAGUCUCGGUAAUAUCUUAAUCAACAGAAUAUGAAGAAGCCCAGUACUUGUUUUAUCAAAAUAUUUAUGGAUAAUUUGUUUACAAUUAUUACAGUUAUAAUAGGUAUUUAAGUUUUUAAGUUACAAAUUCUUCUGAAAUAAAUCCCUGGACGAUAAUAUAUAGGCCCGGUACAUUUGGUGAGAACAUUGUUUGGCACGUUUGACGAUUGCAACGAACUGCAGCGUUAUCAUAAGCAAAGAUCUUUUUGCAGAAGUAAAUCAAAGAAAAAUUUGGAAAUUGUGUUACUUCGUCGACAAUUAUCCUCUCUGUACAUAAAAAAAGUGCCGAAAUCAAUCUACCAGGAGCUUCUAAAGGGCAUAGUAGCACCUUGGACAAUUACUCAUUUUGGUCAAGUGACGUUUCAUUGGAUCACUUUGCUUCAAUCCAUCUGAGGUCACAAACGAGGUUGAUACUUCGUCUGCAAUCCGAAUACUGAUUUCGAGCCAUCAAGCAUUUCACUUCUUCUUAUUGGCAUUACGUCCCCACACUGGGACAGAGCCGCCUCGCACCUUAGUGUUCAUUAAGUAUUUCCACAGUUAUUAACUGCAAGGUUCCUUAGCCAAGUUACCAUUUUUGCAUUCGUAUAUCAUGAGGCUAACACGAUGAUACCUAAUGCCCAGGGAAGUCGAGAUAAUUUCCAAUCCGAAAAUUACCUAGACCGGCACCGGGAAUCGAACCCAGCCACCGUCAGCAUGGUCUUGCUUUGUAAUCACGCGUCUUACCUCACGGCUAAGAAGGGCCCCUUAGCGUUUCACGUAUCAGACUAAUCAGUUUCGUCGGAAAACCAAGUUCAGACAUUAUCUGCCAUAGCUCAUUUCUUUUCACUGAAUUGUGUGUGUGUGUCUGCAAGUUGUACUCCCGGAAUUUGUCAAGGAUCAUCCACAGGCUGAAGAACUCCUCAAGUCUGUUAAAUAGAAUAUGCGACAGAAUGUUGUACGCCUAGUUCAGAAGGGUGAUUCCUCUCUGUAAUUGGCACACCGGAUAACACGCUUAAUCUGCUUUUCAAUCACCAUGAAGCCAAUUCCACGUACUGCUAUACUGCCGUCAUACGCAUAUUUGUCCCAUGUUUGCUGGGAUUUCCUAUGUACAUGGGACAAUUAUGCGUAGUACGGCAGUAUAGUGCUAUGUUGCUGCUGCUAUAAUAGUAGAUGUGGUACUUGAAUGGAGUGUUUAUGAUGGGGUUAACCGCUCGGAAUUCGAUUUCUCCGAUUUUGGGCCACCGUAUUUCCUGGAUUGCUGCCACCCUCACGACGACCUCCUACUGCUCACGAGCUAGGCCAAACAACGUUAUGUCAUAUGUACUGCAUCCUACUAUACCUAUAUUUAUAUAUUUCGCUUAUAUUUAUCUUAUCUUAUCUUAUCAUCAAAUCCCGAACCAUUAAAUUCUUCAUUAUUUUGCUUAAACAAAAUACAUAUUGAAAUGGUAACUAUGGCAUAAAGAACCAAAGAAUUUAAUUUUAACAAUAUUGUUGUUGCUUUUUAUGUUGUAGGCAAUUUAAAGAGCAAUCCUGAGCGCUUAUCCUAAGAUAAUUACUAAAAGUUCUAUUAUUACAACAUGUGAGAUUCGUUCAAAAUAAAUAAAAUUCAAAUACAAGAACUUUACCAGUGUGUAAUAAAAUAGUAUUAAAAACUAA